UUUAACUUAUAAGUAUUCGCAUAAAAUAACACAAUAAGACACUAAAUACAUAAGUAAUGAUAAUAGUUUGUAUGGAGAGUGUGUCUUGUGUCGAAAUAUUAUUGUGAAAAUCGAUGGAAAAUCAUGUGGUUAACAGUAGUUGUAAUUGCUGCGAUAAUUGUUUUAAUACUAUAUUUGGACACAGUGAAACCAAAUAAAUUUCCUCCCGGUCCGAAAUGGUUACCAAUACUAGGCUGUGCGUAUGAAAUACAGAAAAUCCGCGAGAAAAGCGGUUAUUUAUACAAAUGUAUCCAGAUAUUAUCCGAUAUGUAUACUCCAGACAGCUCCUUAGUGGGCAUUAAAAUCGGAAAAGAUCGGAUCGUCAUAGUAAACAGCCUUGAAGCGAAUAAAGAAAUGCUUUAUCACGAAGACAUUGAUGGUCGGCCAAAGGGUAUAUUCUACCAAACGCGGACCUGGGGUGAGAGGAAAGGAGUGCUGCUCACAGAUGGGGAACUAUGGAAGGAACAAAGAAGGUUCCUAAUAAAACACUUGAAAGAGUUCGGCUUCGGUAGACGGGGCAUGCAGGAAAUAUCGCAGUCAGAAGCGAGCCACAUCGUUAAAGAUCUAUUCAAAGCGAUGGGAGAGAAAGGCAGCGCUGAAAUAUACAUGCACAACUUCUUCAACACAUACAUAUUAAAUACUUUGUGGACGAUGAUGGCUGGGAUUCGUUAUGAACCAAGCGAUCCAGAGAUGGUACUUCUCCAACAACUCUUAUUCGAUUUGUUCGCUGCUAUCGACAUGGUUGGAUGCACUUUUAGUCACUUUCCUAUACUCAGUGUGUUAGCCCCGAAAGCGUCUGGUUACUCGAAUUUCGUCAUGACUCAUGAGAGAAUUUGGGAGUUUCUUCGAGACGAGAUUAAUAAACACAAGGCGCGGUUCGAUCCGAACGUCGAAGAUAAAGACUUCAUGGAUGUUUAUAUUAGAGUUUUGAAUCAGCCAGGGGAGAAGUCGACAUAUUCUGAGGGCCAGCUUGUAGCUAUGUGCAUGGACAUGUUUAUGGCCGGCACAGAAACAACAAGCAAGAGCAUGAGCUUCUGUUUUAGCUACUUGGUCCGGAACCAAGAAGCACAGAAGAAGGCACAGGAGGAACUCGACAGGGUCAUCGGUAGGGACCGUACACCUACUCUAGAAGAUAAAGUGAACUUGCCGUACAAUGAAGCUAUUCUUCAUGAAAGCGUUCGUCACUUCAUGGGAAGGACAUUUGGUGUUCCCCACCGCGCCCUGAAAGAUACCACACUCGCUGGAUACAGAAUUCCCAAGGAUACAAUGGUAGUCUCGAACUAUACGAAUAUCCUGAUGGACGAGAACCUGUACCCUGACCCUCACGAAUUCAAGCCGGAGCGUUUUAUAUCCAAUGGCAAGAUCUCCUUACCAGACCAUUACUUCCCGUUCGGUCUGGCAAAGCACCGGUGCCUGGGAGACGUUCUGGCGAAGUGUAACAUUUUCAUUUUCACGACAUAUUUCCUGCAGAGGUUUUCUCUACUGCCUGUGCCAGGGCAGCCUCUGCCAUCUUUGAAUCACGUGGACGGCGCCACGCCAUCAGCCGCCCCUUUCAAGGCACUAAUUGUAAGCCGGUAUUGAUAAGUAAAUAAAUUAUUUUGAAAUAAAUAGUGUAUAAUGCGAUUUUGGGUGA